AUGGAGCCCGCCGGCCGCCGCCACACCCCCCAGCGCGGCUGCUCCGUGCUGCGCGACGCCCGCCUCAACAAGGACUUGGCUUUUACCCUGGAAGAAAGACAACAAUUGAAUAUUCAUGGAUUAUUGCCACCUUGUUUCAUCAGUCAGGAUAUCCAGGUUCUUAGAGUACUUAAAAAUUGUGAGCGUCUGAACUCUGACUUUGACAGGUAUCUUCUCUUAAUGGAUCUUCAAGACAGAAACGAAAAGCUCUUUUAUCGAGUGCUUAUGUCUGACAUUGAGAAGUUCAUGCCUAUUGUUUAUACCCCCACUGUGGGUCUGGCUUGCCAGCAAUAUAGUUUAGUUUUUCUGAAACCAAGAGGUCUUUUUAUUAGCAUCAAUGAUCGAGGGCAUAUUGCUUCGAUUCUUAAUGCAUGGCCAGAAGAUGUCAUCAAGGCUGUUGUGGUGACCGAUGGAGAGCGUAUUCUUGGCUUGGGAGACCUUGGCAGUAAUGGCAUGGGCAUCCCUGUGGGUAAACUGGCUCUGUAUACAGCUUGUGGAGGGAUGAAUCCUCGUGAAUGUCUGCCUGUUACUCUGGACGUGGGAACAGAAAAUGAGGAGUUACUUAAAGAUCCGCUGUACAUUGGACUCCGGCAGAGAAGAGUGAGAGGUCCUGAAUAUGAUGCCUUUUUGGAUGAAUUCAUGGUGGCAGUUUCUUCCAAGUAUGGCAUGAAUUGCCUUAUUCAAUUUGAAGAUUUUGCCAAUGUAAAUGCAUUUCGUCUCCUGAACAAAUAUCGAAACCAGUAUUGCACAUUCAAUGAUGAUAUUCAAGGAACAGCAUCUGUUGCAGUCGCAGGUAUCCUUGCAGCUCUUCGAAUAACCAAGAACAAACUGUCUGAUCAAACAAUCCUAUUCCAAGGAGCUGGAGAGGCUUCCUUAGGGAUUGCUCACCUGAUUGUAAUGGCCAUGGAGAAAGAAGGUUUACCAAAGGAGAAAGCCAUAAAAAAGAUAUGGUUGGUUGACUCUAAAGGAUUGAUAGUUAAGGGGCGUGCUGCCUUAACAAAAGAGAAAGAGGAAUUUGCUCAUGAACAUAAAGAAAUGAAAAACCUAGAAGAUAUUGUUCAAGAAAUAAAACCAACUGCUCUCAUAGGAGCUGCCGCAAUUAGUGGGGCAUUCUCCGAACAAAUCCUCAAAGACAUGGCUGCCUUCAAUGAACGGCCUAUUAUUUUUGCUCUGAGUAAUCCAACCAGCAAAGCAGAAUGCACUGCAGAGCAGUGUUAUAAAGCAACCCAGGGGCGUGCGAUUUUUGCCAGUGGCAGUCCUUUUGAUCCAGUCACUCUUCCAGAUGGUCGGACCCUGUAUCCUGGCCAAGGCAACAACUCCUAUGUGUUUCCUGGAGUUGCCCUUGGUGUUGUGGCGUGUGGAUUGAGGCAUAUCACGGACAAGGUUUUUCUCACUACUGCUGAGGUUAUAGCUCAGGAAGUGUCAGAGAAGCACUUGGCAGAGGGCCGCCUGUAUCCUCCUUUGAACAUCAUUAGAGAUAUUUCUCUGAAAAUCGCAGUAAAGAUUGUGGAAGAUGCAUACCAAGAAAAGACAGCCACAAUUUAUCCUGAACCCCCAAACAAGGAAGCGUUUGUCUGCUCUCAGAUGUAUAACACUGAUUAUGACCAGAUUCUACCUUAG